UGUUCCUGUUAUACAUUUAAUACUGUAAAGAAGCCAUGGAAAUCUUGUCAGGAAGAUUGCACAAGGAAUGGAGGUGGUUUAGUAUCCAUGGAAACAGAAGAGGAAUGGGCGUUCAUUAACAUUCAGAUUCAGAAGAGAUAUCAUACUGAAUGGUACACAAGCUUGAGAAAGGUAGAUGGAGAUUGGCUAUGGCCCAAUAAUCAGAGCUUUACUAUUGACAAAUGGCAACCGAUGGAGCCAAAUGGCGAUGGGAGUUGUGCUGUCAUGGCGAAGAAAUGGCCUUGGGAGGAACGAGGAUUGUUCAAUGAUAUCUUCUGUGCUGUGGGCCGAGAGUCCAUUUGCGAAUACAGUCACGAAAACCCUACUUGUAAUAGCAGCAAAUUAUUAUGGUGCAACAAGGCGCUUGGCGAUGAUUCACCUCAACAACUUGAGACAGGUAAUCCAAAAAUUAAAGUUAAAUUACUUUUGGUAGUCUGCAAGCAGAGAUUCAAGAUUCACUGACAACAACAUAUAACAGAAAGGAGCGAGAAGGAAGUGUUCCGCAAAGAGGAUAUACACCUAUACACCUCAAGUAACAAGCCAAGGUUCCAGAGA